AUGUGUGUGUUGGAUUGGGGUGGCCAUUGGGCAGAUCACCUGAGCUUAGUUGAGUUUGCAUACAACAACAGCUUUCAGGCGAGUAUUGGCAUGGCUCCAUUUGAGGCUUUGUAUGGGAGGCCAUGUAGGACACCCCUAUGCUGGACCCAAGUGGGGGAGCGCAGCAUGUAUGGAGCUACUUAUGUUCAGGAGACGACAGAGAAGGUCCGUGUUGUGAGGCUGAACAUGAAGGAGGCUCAGGAUAGGCAGAAGAGUUAUGCAGAUAGACGCAGACGAGAGCUUGAGUUUCAGGUUGGAGAUAGAGUUUAUCUCAAGAUGGCUAUGUUGAGGGGUCCUAACAGAUCCAUAGCAGAGAACAAGCUGAGUCCGCGAUUUAUGGGUCCGUUUCCAGUAGUGGAGCGAGUUGGGCCAUUGGCUUACAGGCUGGAGUUGCCUGAGAUUAUGAAAGCCUUUCACAAGGUUUUUCAUGUGUCGAUGCUGAGGAAGUGUCUUCACCCUACAGAGGAGUUAGUGGCUAGGAUUCCAGAGGAUCUUCAGCCAGAUUUGACAGUGCCGGCAGUGCCUGUGAGGAUUUUAGAGAGGAGGGAAAAGGUUCUGAGGAACAAGAGGAUUCCCUUACUGAGGAUUUUGUGGGAUUGCAGUGGUUCUACAGAGGAGACUUGGGAGCCAGAGGCAAAGAUGAAGUUGAAGUUCAGGAAGUGGUUCGACAAGCAGGUCGAGGAGUGA